AUGAAGCAUCCAAUGGUAAUUUAUCCAAGACAAUAUCGCAAAUCGUAUUGUACUGCUUACUGCAGACACAGCCAUAAAAAGAAGUUUUGGACAAAUAGGAACAACUACAAAGGACUCAAAUAUGUUAUUAAGCCUAAGAGAAGACCUAGUCACUUAAAAUUUAAUCCACGGAAAAUUGAUAGCGGAAUUGCAGAUGUAUCACGAAACACCUUUUCUGAUUCUUCUGUAUCAGUUGGAAUAGAAUCUGACCUUUUGAAUCUAUCAAAAAUAUACUUGAGACGAUGUAUGAUACAGGAUUGUGAAUUACUUGGAUUGGAAACAUAUUACGUGGAUAACAUCUUAAACUUGGUUUUCCUUCGUGGAUUAUUAGCUAAGAAAAGACACUCCGAUAGGGAUAUAAUAAAUCUAGUAAGCAUUCUGGAGAUAACAGAGAGCGCAUUGCCACUAGUGGGCAUGAAUCGUAAACACAGGAUAUCUGUAUUCGGUGGCAUAGCGUUUUAUGGAAACUUGUUUCAUUCAGGGAAAACAUUUCAGGUGAACAACUGUAGAAUUUUGUUGACAAAGUCUUUUUUGUCUACACAACAAAAUAAAACUAGCUAUGAGCCUAUUUUGGGCAUUAGCCAUUCUAUAAACUAUAUCAACCGUUUAGUUGAUAAAAUAGUCAGUAGCAGGGUUCAACUUAUAUUAUCUGAAGAUCACAUACCCCAAGAUAUAUCACAGAUUUUAUACGAUAGAGGUGUUCAUUGUUUCUGGAAGGUAAAAUAUAAAACCUUGUCCAAUGUGGCAUUUGCACUUAAAUGUAGUAUUUUGUCAUCUAUAGAUGCAACAGAAGACUAUGAAACCUAUUUAGGUUCAAACAUUAAUUUCAAAGUUAUUCAAAAUGGACUUACUAGUAUAGCGAUGUUGUCGUUAUCGAAUAAGUUUAGAGGAUUUACAAUAUUUAUUUCCAGCAGAAAUUCUGGGUAUGAACAUAUUAAUAGAGUAAAAAAACUGAUCAAAAUCACAAUCGUUAGAUUACAAGCGAUUAUGGAGGAAUUGCAGAUAGUUAAUGAUUUGGGAGGUACUUUUAAUACGAACUCGCACCGUUCUUUUAACAUAAGCUCUAUAAACAAAGAUAUAUAUUGUCACUAUUUCUCGGAUUUUUUAUACUUGUUGCUCAAUAAUGAUCACCUAGACAGCAUCAAGCUCAUGCUUACUGAUUCAGUUUACACAAUGAAAUUGGACAACUUUAAAGAUAAAAUGAAUCCAAAAAUUAGUUACAAAAGAUACAAACAGAUCGCCUGUAUUAAAUGUUUCAAAUACUAUACCAAGGCAUGUGAAUUAUGUUCUAAACCUACCCAUGAAACGAUUUCAAUAAGUGAUUAUUCAACCGGAAAUUUUUUAAGUGAUUUUUUAUCAGAAUAUACUACUUGUGCAAUAAACAAUAAGUGCCAAGUAAAAAAUGAUUGUACAGAAACAUUUAUAAAUCAUAAACUGCAUUUUGAAACCUGGAACCUAAGAGUGAACAAUGUGCGACUGUCCCUAUCUGUUGAACACACUGAAUUUACGCAAAAAAGUAACAAUAUUAGUGUAGAAGUGCAGUGUAAUAUAUGCAAGGAAUGUAAUAUAUUUGCAGUGAAGGAUCUUACAUUUGGAAGCUUUAUCAGGCUUUUACUCUGUAACAAGUGUUAUAGCGCCAAGUGUGGUCAUCUACUAUUCCAAAAUAGCAAUUUUUUUUUGAUAGCUGGUUCAUACCGUAUAUCCUUAAAGGUGAACAAUGUUAGUAUUUACAAAAUCCAUCCUAUAUUUAAUAGAGACCUCUACAAUUGUCUAAAAUCUUCGCUCUAUCAUCAUGGACUUUGUAAUAUAAGUUGGUCAUACAAUCAUAUGAACUUGGAUUUGUCUACUACAUUACCUAGUUUGUUGUUUUGGAAUAAACGUUCUAUGAUUUCUUAUAGUUUGUCCUAUUUGUUUCACAGGGCUUUUACCAUUGUAACGUCAAGAAUAAAUUUUCAAGAAAAAAUAGAAAAUUGGUUACCAUGCAUGUGUGAAAUAGCUGAUAUAUCAUUUAGCAGAAUAAACAGUCAUUUUAAUAACAGAUGGUUGAUGUCCAUAAGGGAUUUGAAAUAUAAUAACAUAGUGCAAAUGUUUGAUAAACACUCUGUACUUGGUAUUGAAAUGAGCACUGAAUUAAUGCAAACUAUGGAUUCAUCAUUACAUUGCAAGCACUGUGGAGUAAAUCUCAUAGACUCUAUAUCAGAUAUGGAUAUUUUAAACUGGAUAUAUCUUUUUACGGGGGUUGUGAAUGCGUACGAAAGUAAAAUGAAAAAAUUACGUUGCGCAUUGGCUCCCUUGAUUGACCUAUCUGGUGAAUUAAAGCAAUUUUACGAAUCAUUACACAAGGCAAAAACUGAUAUUAUUGGCAUUUAUUCCCAGUGUAUUUCUCAUAUGAUUUAUAUAAAAUAUUGGUGCCCUAGGGAUCCAUUACACAUUUUUAUGAUUAUACAAUCAUUUUACCAUUCACUUCAUAGUAUUAACAAGAGACUUACCUAUGAUCUUAGUUUAAUUUCUCAUAUAGAGAAAAUCAAUGAUUUAAAAAUUUUGGAAUUUGGUGAAUCAAUUAUAGUAACACAUUCUUUUAUGUCCGAUUUUAUUAAUAUUGAGCGGAUAAAUAUUAAUGACAUGUCAAGGACAUCCAGUAUCAUGACAUCAAGAGUUUCUAAGAUGCAGAGUAUUGAGGAGCUUCUUGAAGAAGAAACAGAACAAAUUAACACAGAUUACACUAUUGAACAAUUUUUGGAUCUUUCUUACAACUAUGGGAUCAUAUUUCCAUCUCCGGGAAGAGAAUAUACCAGGCUUAUACGUAAAAUAAUCAAUUCUGCACCUAUUACAGAUAAUUCUAUAAUAUGUGCAAAUUAUACCGCACUACUACAACCUAGGCGCGAUAUUGGAAAUAUAAUAUCGAACAGUAUACUUUCCGACCAUUAUUUAAGCAAUGCAAAUGGAUCCACAUAUUUUCUCAAACAAAAAUCCUUUAUAGGAAUAAGUUUAUUGAGGCGAAUAUAUCUGAAAGCAUUAGCUUCAAACAAAAGUGGUGUUUUACGAAAAACAAAUACAUUUGACGUUAAAAAGUUGAAAUAUCUUUUUGGAAUUAACUGGAAAACAAAAUCCUCCAGCGUUCAACAGAAAUUAAUAUCUAGAAUUUGGAUCCCUGUAAUAGAUGACAAAGUUGCCAAGGGAUACUUUAAAUCUGCACUAGAAUGCUAUGAAACUAAAAGGGUUGUUCAUGUACGCAAUUUUGAACUCUUUUAUGGCAUUCCUAUAAUAUACACCAACCACAUUAACCAUAUAAAAGAUGUAGAGUCACGAAAUGCUGAAAGUGUACUUCCGCUAUCUGAUCUUUUUAUAGAAAAUCUUAGAAGUUCUAACAAUGAGUAUCUAGUAAAGAUGUCUAUUUCUAAAUCUGUCUUUUCUCAUUUAUUUUUUUUAUCAAUUCGGGAUGUUGAUACAAACAGACUUUUAUCGUCUCUGCAGUCUAUAGUUAUAAAUAUUUUAAAGGUGAAUACUAUGGAGAGUUUCUCCAAUGAUUUGUGCGUUAAUCAAAUUGAAACACUUUCUGAGGGAAGUAAUACCUUAGAUGUUGAUGUAUUCGACAGAUAUAGGGUAACUAUAUACUAUCCACUUCAUUUUUAUGACUUGCGAAGAAAGUCAUGCGGUGAUGAUUUUAAUUUUGUGAGAUCUCUCUCGAGAUCUUUAAGAAUGUCUAAUACAGGUGGUAAGAGUGGAUCACCAAUAUUUCUAACAUACGAUGGUAAAUUUACAAUAAAACUAAUAAACAAACAUGAGAUGGCCCUGUUUAUAGCGCAAGGGCUCAGAUUUUUUGAUCAUUUUUUAAAUGGAGAUACUCUCAUGGGUAUACCGUAUGGACUAUAUAAAAUUCAUCAUAAAAAAUCUAACACUAGCAUAAACUGUUUUGUAAUGCAGAACAUAAAUCAUUUUCUUUCAUCGUCAAAGAUAACUUUUGAUAUAAAAGGAAUUGCAUUUAAGCGGUUUGUUGUCAGUAAUGAUGGCUAUACCACAUCUGAUACACAAGAUAUUGUUCUGCUCGAUCAAAAUUUUAAAGAAUAUACUAAUGGUUGUCCAAUACAAUUGGAAGAUAAAUCUAUUAUUCACCUUAAAAAAAAUGUUUUACGUGAUUUAGAAUUUCUUUCCAGUAUAAAUAUAGUUGAUUAUUCGCUUCUUUUGCACAUUUUCCCGGAGCAUAGUGUCAUUACAUUAGGAUUAAUUGAUUUUUUAAGACCAUAUACCUGGGAUAAACAAAUUGAAACAAUAGGAAAGAAAUUAGCCAACAUAGGAACAGGUCAAGAACCGACUAUAAUAUCUCCAAAUGAAUAUAAAAUAAGAUUCUUGCAAUUUAUAGAUAAGAUUUUUACAUGUUCUCCAAGUGACGAAAAGUUGAUCACUGAAACCGAUAAAAACUCUUGUAAAGUUGAAAAAUUAUAUUCAAUACUACCGUGCAUGUGCAAGAUUUGCUCUACACUCCAGAAACUUUAUUCAAAUGAUCACAUCUCAUCCUACAAAUGUUACAAUAUGCUUACUUGCACCAAGGCGAAAAGGUAUAUCCGAUCCCUUAUUAAAAAUAGCUCAAACACUUCAAAAGACAUAUUACAACUCCAAGAUUUAGUCGAAAAGAUUUAUUAA